AUGGCAGCUGUUUUGGAAACUUCGCCUGUCCGCCUCUCGCCAGAUAUCUCUACUCUACGCGCGAAACUGCCUUACGUCAACUACGAGCCGUCGCCACUGGGACCCGAUAAUCAUGCUCAUCCGCACGAAUCACCUUUGCAAGAACAGCAGACACUCAUACAUGAUACCGCUCCCAUAUCCUCACGCUGGAAGACCAUCAUGCCCACCUACGGCUCCCGACACAUUUACGACGUGGCCGACUUCUCUCUCUGGUGUGAAGAAACUGCUGAAUUUAAACAUCCAACGCGGGAGCAGCAGAAAUGGGUUCUCCGUCACUAUCGCGCUAAGGAGGUACGCUUUGAAUAUCCGCUGAUUAUCGUGAUCACGGACACGCCUCCGAAACCUCUGACCCUCACCAUUGCAGGCGUUGCAGCGUUAUUCGUGCCGGAUGCCCCUCUCGGCACAGGCUUUAGUGUGAACACGGCCUAUGCAUCGCCUCGCGUGCCGGACCCUUCUCCGGUUACUCUCAAAAGAUGGAUGGCACCCACUAGGAGAGAUUCAGAUCUCAUACUCAAAUCCCUGGCUCGGCUGUGCAAUAUCAAGGCUAUAAACUGGUUCGGAGUCUACUGUUAUGUUGAACUACAUACCGGCGAUGGUAGAUCUUACGGACGGCACUCACUUCCUGGUCUUGUUGCGGGUAAAACCACAACAUAUCAUCAUUCAAGCAGAGGAUUCUGGGAUGAAAUGAAGAGUUUGUCUCUAAUAAGGCGUAUCGACCCGCAAGAAGUCGAUGUGUUUCCACCUUUGCAAGAUCGAACAAACUAUCUUCUAGAAGGAAACGGAGCGUUGCAACCUGGAGUUCGACUUGCAAGCAGUGUGAAUUCUGCUGAGACAUCCUUGGAUCUUGAACUUGCUACCAGCUGUGGUGUACUACUUCGCAAUUCCACCGGCCAGAUUGUUGUAACUGCUGCCAACCAUAGAAUGCAGCACUCGUCGGACGUGUAUCAUCCCAGCACAGCUACCGGAACUAAGAUUGGAACUGUUGUCGAAAGAUGGCUUGCACAGGAUGUUGCAAUGGUCAAUCUGAUUCCGGCAGUUCGCUUUUCGAAUGAUCGGUACUUCCAGGCCACUGCACCUAAACGCCUUGUCAGAUCAGACUACGUGCCAAAUGGAGCAUGGUGUUCUUGUGACGGGAUGUCCACCGGUGUUGUCUUCUUGCACUGCCAUGGCUCUCGUAUUUCAGACAUUCAUAUGGAAGUUACAAAUGGGAUAAAUAUCGCGAAAGUUUACUACAGCACAGAAAAACUAUAUAGCACGUUUGGGCCGGUUGGGGGGCAACUAUCUGAUGGGAUAUGCGGUGCACCCAUAGUUGAAGAACGAUCGGAUGGUUCAGGCGGAGGUGUCUGUGGCCUUUUCCGUUAUGGCAAUGAGUCAAUCGCUGUUUGCCCUGUGCUAGACGACAUCAUAGAUGCUGGUUGGCAACUGUAUUAG